AUGAAUCCCCUACAGCCCCGGACGAACCAUCAAUUCGACCCGUUUGAGCCUCACCCAGAACUCGACAAUGUCGACCUUAGUAGCCUGCAAGGUGAGGAUUGGAGCAAUCCGACCAAUUUCCUCAAAAUGAUGACACCCAACGGCAUGGCUCUACCGUCAGUGAUGACACCUGACGAGGUGCGGCGCGAGGCGAGAGAGAGAACGACACGGCUUUUUGCCGACUACCACUUGCUGCAAGACAUCCUGGAGCGGCAUGAGGCGACAGUGCAGCGGCGAUGGACCAAGAAAAACCGGGCGCAGAAGUUGGCGAUCUUGCUGGCGGCCUGGCCAGAGAUGCCGACGACACACCGACCCGACUUUACGGCGUCCAGCAAGAAAGCCGGCAGCCGGGACGUGAAGCUGCGCGGUGCAUACAUGUGUCCUUAUAUCAACCAGGAGGAUCUGGUGAAGAGCAAGACGCUGCUGCUGCUGCUCAAUUCGCGCGGGCGGAACCAUCCGAGCGUGUUUGCAGCGGCUGACGGCGAGGCGAUGCACCUCGGCAAGGUGACGAUGGCGCUCCAGCCGGGUUUUCUGAACCAUCAUGUAUUUAUGUUGAACGGCAUGACGCGCGACCGAGAGUACGGCCGGCUAGUCGCCUGGGACGAUCACGAGGACGCGUUCGACUGGAUGCACACGCGCAAGCAGUUUCUUCCGGGCGAGGGGCUGCUGAUUGUCGAGGCCCAAGAGCGGCUGAUGGCAUUCCUCGUGCGCUGCUGCCGACAGAUCCUGCACGGGAUCCCAGCCGACAACCUGCUCCAAGACGAUCUCUACGCCGUGCAGCCGGAGCCAAGGCUGAAGGAGUCCACGGAUACGAGCGGCCUUGCCUCGCUGGCCAUCAUGGCCGAAGAAGCCCCGUACCGGGUGCCGGCCGACCUGGACCUGGGCCGGAUCGAGGCGUUGCUGGCAGCGCGCACGGCCGCAGCCGAGGACCACGCCUGGGCUCUCCGCGAGGACCCGGGCUACUUCGCCGGCUAUCUGGCCGAGGCGCGCGAACACCGCCUGGAGAUGCUCAAGGACUUGGUCGGCAACGUGCACCCAACGCUGAAGCCGGCUCGUGCUGGCAUCCUGUGGAGCCGCGUGAUCGGCCAGGUGCUCGUGGAGGCACACUUCCACGUUGAGCUGUACGCGGAGCUGCUCGCCCAGGCCCAACAGCUGCGUGAGCUGCAGCGCCAACAUGCCGCCCAGAUCACGCCGCUCGACGACCUGCCCGAGCCGUAUCUGGCGGCGCUGCUGCGCUUCCGCCACUACCUGCAGCAGGUAGCUAAAGGCCCGAUGGACCAGCUCAAGAUGUCUUUUAUCGCGUCACCGCCGAUGCGGCCGUUUUUUGUCCGCCAUGUGCCCGAGUCGGCCGAGUCGUCCAAGAUCCUGACCGUCUCGCGACCGGGCGUCCGGAUGGACCCCAUGGCCGACAAGCUGCUCUGGCUGCUGCGCACGCUGUGGGAGGACGACCGGGAUUUGUUUCUCUGCCGGCUGCCCAACGUGGUCGACGAGCUGGACCGGCUGUUGACAGCCGAGCCGCGGGUCCGCGAGUUCGUGUCGCCCUGCAUCGCCCGCGUCAUCGGCGACCUGUCGAUCUUGGGCGAGUGCCUGCGCCAGCUCGACAUGUACCAGCCCUGGGCCAACGGUUGGGAGAAUGCACUGGUCGACCGUCAGGACGCCAUCCAGCGCGAGUUCGCCGCCCGGACGGAGACCGAAGCCCGCGUCCUCACGGCCGUUCAGGAAAAGAACGUCGCCACGCUGCGGCCGUACGGCGACCCGUCCGACAACAAGUUCGACUAUCCCGUGGCCCGGCGCCGCUCUCAGGCCAACGUCGACAGCCUGCGCGCUGCUGAGCGCUACCUCGACGUCUUCUGGGCCAAGGCCGACGAGCUGUUGCGUGUUCAUGCCAAGGGCUCCGACGGCAUCGCCUACAAGCGGCUCCUGGCACAGAAGCGGCUCCUACAGCGCACACCUGCUUGGGUUGAGCGGCCGGCACGACCACAAAGCACCACGACAGCCGCAGAAGCCCUCGCGCAACCACUCGCGACGCUGCAUCUAAACACAGAGACGCCGUCGGCCAGGAAAGAGCUUCGGGAUGCGGCCGCGGCGGUCGGGGCCAAGACAAAGGCCAAGACGCGCGGCGAAGCAUCUGCAGUCCAGUCUGCAGAGGCUAAAAAACAGGCCACAGCCUCAGCCUCAGAUUUGGAUCCCCAGCCUUGUUUCGUCGUCGACGCGCGGGCGCUCAAGGUCUUCCGCAUCGUCUUCUUCGACCCGGCCGCCAACACGACCCCCGGCGAGGUCGGCUGGCUCGAAUUUCUGCACGCCCUGCAGGCCGUCGGCUUCGUGGCCGAGAAGCUGUACGGAUCCGUGUGGCACUUCCAACCCACGACGCUCGACGUCGAACGCAGCAUCCAGUUCCACGAGCCGCAUCCGCGCGGAAAGAUCCCCUUUGUCACCGCGCGGCGCCACGGCCGCCGGCUGAGCCGGGCAUACGGCUGGCACGGCGGCGUGUUUGUGCUCAAGGACAAGUCGAACGAUGCGUAG